GUCGACCUCGAGCCCGCGUCCGGCACCCGCGAUUUCUACCCCGAGGAGAUGAGGCUCCAGCGCUGGCUCUACGAUCACUUCCGUAACGUGGGUACCCUCUGCGGCUUCGAGGAGUACGACGCGCCGGUGCUCGAGCGCCAGGAGCUGUACAAGCGCAAGGCCGGCGAGGAGAUCACCCAGCAGAUGUACUCCUUCACGGACAAGGAGGGGGUGGAGGUGACCCUCCGACCCGAGAUGACCCCGACGCUGGCGAGGAUGGUGCUGGGCAAGGCGCAGUCGCUCAUGCUCCCGCUCAAGUGGUACUCCGUCCCCCAGUGCUGGAGGUUCGAGACCACUCAGAGGGGACGCAAGCGCGAGCACUACCAGUGGAACAUGGACAUCAUCGGGUGCAAGGGCAUCAACGCCGAGGUGGAGCUUCUCGCCGCCAUCGUGCUCUUCUUCAAAAACAUCGGCAUCACCUCCAAGGACAUCGGCCUCAAGGUCAACUCCCGCAAGGUCAUGGGCGCGGUGCUCAAGUCCAUGGGCGUCACCGACGAACAGUUCGCGCCCGUGUGCGUCGUCAUGGACAAGUUCGACAAGAUCGGACCCGAGGAGACCCAGAAGGAGCUGCGCGACACCCAAGGCCUCGACGCCGACACCGCGAAGAAGCUCGUGGACUGCCUCCUGUGCAAGUCCGUCGACGACCUCGCGGCGCUGUGCGGCGAGGGCGUGGACCGCAGCGGCGUGGACGAGCUCAAGAGGCUCUUCGAGCUCGCGAACGACUACGGCUUUGGCGAUUGGCUCGUGUUUGACGCGUCCGUGGUUCGCGGGCUGGCGUACUACACCGGCGUUGUGUUCGAGGGCUUCGAUCGCGCGGGCGAGCUGCGCGCCAUCUGCGGCGGCGGGCGUUACGACAGGCUCCUGUCCCUGUACGGCGCCGUGCAGGAGGUGCCCGCGUGCGGGUUCGGGUUUGGCGACUGCGUCGUCGUUGAGCUCCUCAAGGACAAGGGUAUCCUGCCCGAUCUUCCGAAGGAGGUUGACUUUGUCGUGGCGGCGUUCAACGAGGGCAUGCAGGGGAGCGCGAUGAAGACCGCGAGUUUGAUCAGGGAGGGCGGCGCGCAGGUGGACCUUCUCCUCGAGCCCAAGAAGAAGGUGACGCAAACCUUCGAUUACGCCAACAGGGUCGGGGCCAGGUACAUGGUGUUUGUCGCCCCCUCGGAGUGGGAGGCUGGCAAGGUGAGGAUCAAGGACCUCAGGCUGGGAGAG